AGGACAAGUGGGCUCUGGGAAGAUGGCAGCGGCGGCGGGAGCCGCGGCGGGGGCCCCGGUGUGCGUGCUAGUGCUGGGCAUGGCCGGCUCCGGAAAAACCACCUUCGUGCAGCGCCUGGCCGCCCACUUGCACGGACAGCGCUGCCCUCCGUACGUGAUCAACCUGGACCCCGCCGUUCACAGCCUGCCUUUCCCCGCCAACAUCGAUAUCAGGGACACCGUGAACUACAAAGAAGUCAUGAAACAAUAUGGACUGGGCCCAAAUGGUGGAAUAGUGACCUCUCUCAAUCUCUUUGCCACAAGAUUUGACCAGGUGAUGAAGUUUAUUGAAAAAAGGCAAAAUGCAUCCAAGUAUGUUAUUAUUGACACACCAGGGCAAAUUGAGGUAUUUACUUGGUCAGCAUCAGGAACCAUCAUAACUGAGGCCUUGGCUUCCUCUUUUCCUUCGGUCGUUGUCUAUGUGAUGGACACCUCUCGCAGUACUAACCCUAUCACUUUUAUGUCCAACAUGCUGUAUGCCUGCAGUAUCCUGUACAAGACAAAGCUACCUUUCAUCGUAGUUAUGAACAAAACUGACAUAAUCGACCACAGUUUUGCAGUGGAAUGGAUGCAGGACUUCGAGACUUUUCAGGAUGCCCUGAAUCAAGAGACCUCCUAUGUCAGUAACCUGACUCGUUCUAUGAGUUUAGUGUUGGAUGAAUUUUACAGUUCACUGAAGGUGGUUGGUGUUUCUGCAGUGCUCGGCACAGGACUGGAUGAGUUUUUUAUCCAGCUUUCUAAAGCUGUAGAUGAAUAUGAGAGAGAGUAUCGUCCAGAAUAUGAGCGCCUGCGAAAAACAUUAGAGGAAGCUCAAGAGAAACAAAAGAGAGAGCAGCUUGAACACUUGUGGAAGGACAUGGGCAAUGUGUGUGUGCAGGGCAACACACCGGCAGGACCUGAUGAUGCUUCUGCAAUGGGUCCCUCUGAGCUAAUCCUAACACGAGGGACUCUAAAUGAAGAGGAAGAAGAGAGGGAGAGUGAUACUGAUGAUAUUGACCACGAAGUGACUGAGGAGAGUCAUGAAGAACCAGCCUUCAGAAACUUCAUGCAAGAUGUGCGGAUGAAAUGCCAGAGAAAAAGCAACCCAAAUGAAUGAGACCUUCACAAAUAGAAGAUUUGGAAGAAACAGCAUAAAGAAACUUGCAUGGAAGCAUGCACGAAGACUUCUAUUUGUGAACUGCUGUCGUGUGAUGCAGGCGAGUCAGUUGCACCCUUUAUUUAUCAGAAAAACCGCGAAAAAGCCCCUUUUUGAGCCCGAAAUCCAUCGGCAGCACGGUGGCCGCCAUUUUGGUUCCAGGACCACCUGACUUCUGGUCAGCCGCCAUCCUGCCUCAUUUGUAUACCAUGUGGGCGCUCCCCUUGAAAAGCUGAUUUCCACGUAAUUACCCACAUCCAAACACCCCCACCCCCAUUGCACACCUGUAUAGAGGCGGACACUGUGAUUUUUAUUGCAAAGAACCCCCAAAAGCUUGCUUUUUAACCCAAAAUAUAUCGGCCCUGUGGCAGCCAUCAUCUUGGUUCCAGGACCCCAUGACUUCUGGCCAGCGCCAUUUUGCCUCAUUAUCAUACCCGAAAUAAACAGUCCUGAAAAAUACACUUUUAGCACAGCUGUGCGCGCACUGACACUCCUCCCUGUGUCGGGCAUCUCUAGAGAUGUGGGGGCGCCUUUUAUUUGCCUGAAGAAAUGGCUGGAAACCCCUUUUUCUGCCCUAAAUAGUUCGGCAGAUCGGCAGCUGCAAUUUUUCCCCAGUAUGACAUCACUUCUGUUUGGUGGGCAUAUUUUUUCUGGUACCAUGUGACCCCAAUGGCACCACUAUCUAUCUGUAUGGAAGAACGGGGCCCGCCAUCGUUGUGUACGGCAGCAUGGGGGCUGCCGUCUUUUUCCGGUGUGACAUCCCUUCUGGUGAUGUCCAUCUUGCUUCCGGGAACACCGGACUUCCGGCGGUGGCCAUUUUGCCUCAUUACCAUACGAAAAAUAAACAGUUCCGAAAAACACUUAGUGCCCAGCUGCACGCGCGCCAACACCCCGCCCCGUGUUGGGCACCCCUAGAGGCGUGGGUGCACCCUUUAUUUGCCCGAAAAACCGGCAGGAAACC